AUGACGCAGGCCAAAAUCCUAUCAGAGCACCACACGUGGCUGCUGCACGGUUUGGCGCGCUUCAAGCCUCCUAGCAGCCGAUCCCGCGACGCCAUUGGCGCGGCUCGUCUGGAAGUGGGGGUGGGGGGACCAGCAGGCGCCUCGCAAGUGACGAUCCCAGUGGUUGGACGGCUAAGGGAAGCGGCUGUGACUGCAAGCGCUGUGCUGGGCUUGGAUGAGACGCAGGCGUAUUUUCUGGCGGAUAGGGUGGGCGGAGGAGAGAGGGCGCUGGUGGGGGAAGCGGAAGGUGAGGGUACGGGGAAGGGAGCAGGCGGAGAGAAAAAAGGGGGGUUGGAGGAGAAGGAAGAGCAGCGGAGAUUGGUGCAAGAGGUCGUGGCGCUGUAUCAGGAGGAGAGGCAGAGCCUGCUCAAAUGCCUGCGGCUGCUGCUGGCCAUGCAAGGUUCGCGACUUUUGUGGCCUUCACCGCUGUAUGAUACUACCAUCAUGAUAGCAUGGCGUUACCUUCCUGCCGUGGAGGGGGAGGUGAGCGCGCUGCUGAAGGAAGGGGGGCUGCUAUCACACCUACUCUAUUCCUCCCCUCCCUUGAUCUCUCCUCCCAUAUCCCCAGCUGACACCCCCUCCCCGUAUGCAGGUGCCGUGGAGGGGGAGGUGAGCGCGCUGCUGAAGGAGGGGCUGCUGUCAAACGUUAUCGCUCAGCUGAGGUCGCUCCCGCGAUCCCAACCCCCCAAGGCUCUGGAUCGUGCAGGGAUGGCAGGAUGGGCAGAAGCAUCCUCGUUAGAAGCCUGCUUGCUACUAGACAUCCUCAUCCUCAUCCUCAUCGCUUCCCGCAAUGGCUGCCGCGCUGCUGCCAUCCUCGAUAUAGUCACACUCGUUCAGCUGAAUAAUGCACUUCUCCCCUUUUCCUGCCUCCCCCUCUCUUUCCUCCUCCUGUUAACUACACAGAUCUUUAAGGAUUUCCGUUUCCUUUUCCUCCACACCUCUCACCUGACCUCUGCUGACCCCAUCAGCUCCGCGGCCGAGUCACUCCUCUCCACCGCACUGCACCGCGCCGUGCUCCUGCUGAUUGCAGCUGUGGACGUGGAAGGGGUGGUUGUGGCUUUGGCGAAGGGGACGAAUUUCAGCUCCUCCCAACACCCCCUGUCAUCCCCCUCCGACCUCUCACAAGUGGAUCAGCGCCUCUCUGCGUGGCUCUCCUGCCUUCUCUCUGCCGCUGCUGCUACUGCCAAGGGAGGGGCGGGUGGUAGAGGCCAAAGCGAGGAGUUUGAUGAUGCAGUGGGGAUGGCAGAGGAGGGGAUGGAGGAGGUGUAUGGAGCAGGAGGGGGAGGAAGACUCAUUGGGUUGGGUGCAUUGGUGCCGCUGGUGGGGACUGGCAGUGGUGCCGGUGCAGGGUCAGACGUUUCUCCUGUGCUGCUUGCAUGGGGUCUCAUCCGCAUGUUGCUGCAGUGGCUGCCCGACUCUUCCCAGCUGCCGCCUCCCACCUUGAACCCGGGAGUGUGUGUGCAAGCAGCCUAUGCAGCAGGCGCGCUGGACUGGAUUCUCUCCUCUCUGCUCUCCUCGUCCCUCCCCUCUCACCCGUCCAACGACCCUGUGAUGCAGGGGGUGGUGAAGAGAUGUGUCAAAGGGCUUUGCACAGCCUACCUCACUGCCUUUGACAUUUCCAACCAGAAGGGCACUCGGCUGUAUGCCCUCCUUCUGGAAAUUAUCUGCCGCACCUUUUCAGAUCAGGAGUCGCUAUGCACUGACUUCUGGGACGCCUCUGCCUCCCCAUCUGAUGCCCCUCUGCGUUCGCUCCUAGCCGCCACCAGACGAGACUUCCCAGCCCGCCCCCUCCCCUUCCUGCGCCUCCUCUCUGCUCUCUCCCAUGGCUCCUGGCCUGCUCGCUGCACGUGA